UUCAUUACCUCUAUAUGAUCUAACUCAAAGCUUAGUAGAACACUCGUCGACUAGAGCAAAAACCGCUUUCGAGUGUUUCUCAAUCCCUGGAUUCUGCUCAUUCUGAAUUACAAGACUAGUUGAAUAACCAUGAUUGCUGGGACCUGAACAAACCAUCCGCCGAUAACUCUACCGCAAACCUCGUGUUCUCGACUGUCAGUUCUCUACUACAAUCCAUUUCUAAUUCACGGUAUCGAAACGGGUACACCAUUAUUCCCGGGAUCGUUCAAUCCAGGACCAUGCUUUAUCACGGUCGAGGAGAUUCGGACAUCCUUACCAUGGACUGGGUCGCAUUUGAGCCUGAGUCGUCCUACACUUUCUGUCGAAUAUUCGGUGGAGCUGAAAACUGUUGGCUUCAUAACUUUGUGGUUGACCGUCCUCUUCGGGUGCUUUACUUUGAUGGAUCUGGUACAGCGCUAGCGGCAUUCCCCCUGGGCUCAAUGGAUAAUCAGGAUAUCUUCGCUUCGGGCGAAAUCAAGCCCGACAUGGCACUGAACGAAGGAUUAAGGAGUCACAAAGUGUGCGAGUGGGCGUUGAAACUGGGAUUGGAUGGGUUUAUCAGCCUGAACGUUUUUCAACGAGAUAAUGCUCUGCAAUUUUGGAUCGGUGAAGCUCGUCUCUUCUCAGCAUUUGAAAUCAACGCCGCCGACUUCAACAUACAUGCCAGCGCCCUCGGGCCCUAUGAAGAUACCAUCAUAAUGAUAUACGUCAUGUUCAGUUUGUGCCGUUCUACAUUCAACUCCAUUCCGCCUUUCAUUCCGUUCGGUUGGAUUCCGUUCCUUCAUCAUUCCGUUGCAUUCCACGACACAACACUAGCUCCGUCGUUGAUUAAUGUUCGUUCUGGUAAACCUAGAUUGGCCCAUCGUUUACUCGGUAUCGAAGAGGAUGAUAUUGUGCGGGUGAGGAAGUACUUGGAGGAGCAAAUCGCAGAAACACCGUGGUCCUCUUUGCAGCCUGAGGCCGUCGAACACGGUAUCGACUGGCCUGAUUACCUACAUUCCAUCAUCAGCCUGUACGGAAAACCCCUCGAAGACAUAUGGUCCGAUAUUCAACUAAAUAAUCAGGAUACUCAAGUGAAGACAGCUUUCCGACUGAUUGAGUACACUGUUCAACGAUUCAUCUUGUACUCUGUGUCCCCUGUCGGGAACCCUUCCGAUUUUGCUUGGGCUUCUCCCAUUUACAAAGAAUGUGCAUUAUCCCACACUUCGUCCAUCUCAACCACGUCACGUACAAAGUCGGAAGCUCUUCUACGUAAUGCGGUGGAAGGAACGACGCGCGAACUAUGCCGAGUUUUAACUAAGAUGUGGGCAAUGGGCGUCCAUGAGGGGUUAAGUUCCCUUUUUGACUCUCCAAUGUCAUCCGCACAUCCUCUUGUACGGAAUGCAGUUUUGGAUGCCUGGAAACUCGAGCUAGGAUAUUUGAUACAAUGGCUUGACUGGAAUGUUUGGAUUAGGUGCAAGCCUGCAUGCGGUGAACAGGAACCGUGUUACAUCCCAAAUUUCCCUCUCAGCAUAGAAAAAAUUUUCGCUGCCAGUUUGGCGUGAAGACGACCCAAAAACUCGGUGCUUAAGGACUGUACCUCCCUAUAUCUAUGUCGAUGAUUACUAGCUCAAGCUAUAUCCCCAAUGUAAAUGUUUUCGGGACCCCUCGAAAGGUCUAAGGGUAAAUAGCAAG